AUGUUGGAGCACCAGAGAGUGAGCGCCAUGUUGGAGCAUCAGAGAGUGAGCGCCAUGUUGGAGCACCAGAGAGUGAGCGCCAUGUUGGAGCACCAGAGAGUGAACGCCAUGUUGGAGCACCAGAGAGUGAGCGCCAUGUUGGAGCACCAGAGAGUGAGCGCCAUGUUGGAGCACCAGAGAGUGAGCGCCAUGUUGGAGCACCAGAGAGUGAGCGCCAUGUUGGAGCACCAGAGAGUGAGCGCCAUGUUGGAGCACCAGAGAGUGAGCGCCAUGUUGGAGCACCAGAGAGUGAGCGCCAUGUUGGAGCACCAGAGAGUGAGCGCCAUGUUGGAGCACCAGAGAGUGAGCGCCAUGUUGGAGCACCAGAGAGUGAGCGCCAUGUUGGAGCACCAGAGAGUGAGCGCCAUGUUGGAGCACCAGAGAGUGAGCGCCAUGUUGGAGCACCAGAGAGUGAGCGCCAUGUUGGAGCACCAGAGAGUGAGCGCCAUGUUGGAGCACCAGAGAGUGAGCGCCGUGUUGGAGCAUCAGAGAGUGAGCGCCGUGUUGGAGCACCAGAGAGUGAGCGCCGUGUCGGAGCACCAGAGAGUGAGCGCCGUGUCGGAGCACCAGAGAGUGAGCGCCAUGUUGGAGCACCAGAGAGUGAGCGCCUUGUCGGAGCACCAGAGAGUGAGCGCCAUGUUGGAGCACCAGAGAGUGAGCGCCAUGUUGGAGCACCAGAGAGUGAGCGCCAUGUUGGAGCACCAGAGAGUGAGCGCCAUGUUGGAGCACCAGAGAGUGAGCGCCAUGUUGGAGCACCAGAGAGUGAGCGCCUUGUUGGAGCACCAGAGAGUGAGCGCCAUGUUGGAGCACCAGAGAGUGAGCGCCAUGUUGGAGCACCAGAGAGUGAGCGCCAUGUCGGAGCACCAGAGAGUGAGCGCCAUGUCGGAGCACCAGAGAGUGAGCGCCAUGUCGGAGCACCAGAGAGUGAGCGCCAUGUCGGAGCACCAGAGAGUGAGCGCCAUGUUGGAGCACCAGAGAGUGAGCGCCAUGUUGGAGCACCAGAGAGUGAGCGCCAUGUUGGAGCACCAGAGAGUGAGCACCAUGUUGGAGCACCAGAGAGUGAGCGCCAUGUUGGAGCACCAGAGAGUGAGCACCAUGUUGGAGCACCAGAGAGUGAGCGCCAUGUUGGAGCACCAGAGAGUGAGCGCCAUGUUGGAGCACCAGAGAGUGAGCGCCAUGUUGGAGCACCAGAGAGUGAGCGCCAUGUUGGAGCACCAGAGAGUGAGCGCCAUGUUGGAGCACCAGAGAGUGAGCGCCAUGUUGGAGCACCAGAGAGUGAGCGCCAUGUUGGAGCACCAGAGAGUGAACGCCAUGUUGGAGCACCAGAGAGUGAACGCCCUCACAUCAUACAUUUCUGCUGUAAGCUUGUCUAAGCAGAUGUCUGAGUAG